GUGGCGCUGGGUUCUGUGUGAAGUUCUCGAGCGUGCGCACAUCCACCUCCACUAACGCACAAAGCGCUUCUGCUCAGGUUACUGUAAAUGAGACCUCCAGUCUUACUACAAUUGCCUGUUUAAUGGACUAAAUAGCCAGGAGGACCGGAAGCCAUAAUAUGAAGAAACGCUACAUGGAUAUAGGCAGGCUAAAGAAAAUGAAAAAGAUUAAACUCACAGAAAAGAUUUCCGAAAGCGCGUACUCUGUUCUGAAGUUCAUGAUCGUCUGGAUGCUGGUGCUGUUAGCUGACUUUGUUCUGGAGUUCAGACUGGAAUACCUGUGGCCAUGUUGGCUCUUUCUAGGGACCGUCUACACCACAUUUCACUGUCAUGGACUGGCCAUCUGUGUUGUUUUCGUGUGUGCAGCAGUUACCCUGGACUUAUUCUGUUUCAUUUUUGUACCCUUACACUGGCUGUUUUUUGCAGCCAGCACAUAUGUCUUACUCAACUAUAUGUGGCAUACAGAAAAGGGAAUCUGUAUGUCAACUGUGACAUUAUGGAUACUCUUAGUGUAUAUGGAGGCCUCUCUACGGUUGCGGGACCUGAAAAGCCCUCAUGCAAAUCUGUCCCAUCUAUUUGCUGCACACUGCAUUGGUUAUCCACUAGUGUAUAUGGGAUUUGAUGCAACAUGCUACUUCUCCAGUAUGUUUAAGCUGCGCACUCAGAAAUCAGUUCAGAGUGAGAAUGACCUCCACAUGGAUGUCCUGCAACAAUCCCUACCUCCUUACGUGCACCUGUACCCAAAAUUGUGGAUGGAAGAUCCCAAAUAUAGGGUGGCCAAAUCUAGGCCGACGCAAUACCAGUGUCCAUCCGAUUCCAUCACCUCAGAGGACAAACAAAACAUGGAAGACUGCCUUCAAAUCCACAGACUUCCUGCGAGACCCGAAAGAGACACAAAUCCACAAACUCCAGGACCCAAGCACCGUGGAGGUGAACUUCAUUUGGACUCUACGUCCAUGCUAGAAAUGACUGAAAACCUACCUCAGGAGGAUCAGAGCAGCAAAGCUCAAAGACCCUCCAAGAGCUCCUUGCCUAAAGUGCAUCGAGGUUCAGUGAAUAUCCCUAACAGCAAAGGGGAGAAGAGGCAGAAAGCCCCCAAAGCCAUCAACACAAUAGGGGACUCUGCUGAAAAGUGCUCGUCAAACAUCUCCCCAAGUCCUCCGAACCCACAUGCUGAGCAGAUGCUGAAGCUGGAACAAGAAAUGAGGAAGCUGAAGGGAGAGCUGCAGGCGAGCAGACAGAGCGAGCAAGAGCUGCGCAGUCACAUUUGUAAUCUGACCAACAGUGAACACAGUCUGCGCCCUGAAGUCUCUCUGCUCAGACAUGCAAAUGAACUGCUGCAAAACAAGAUUCAGUGUCUCACAAAAUCCAGACAGAAGGACAAACAAAACUGUUCCUUGCUGGAAAAGAAAAUCAGAAUAGAAACAGAGGCUCGAGUUGCAGUAGAAAAACAACUUGCAGAAGUCAGAGCCCAAAAAUUUGAUGAAGCAACGAUUUUACUUCGGAGCGCAUCACACAGGCAAGAACACAGUGAAACUCAAAUGUUGAGGAAAAAAGCUAAAGAUCUAGACUCAGAGUACAAACAACUACAGCUGGAAUAUCAGGAGAAAGAAAAUCGAAUGAUAGCUCUAGAGAAUGAAGUGGAGGUAAAGGACGCGUUCGUAGAUCUGUUCAGUUACAUACUGCAUUGAAUAGUUGUGUUGUGCUGGAUGUUUGUGAUUCAUAUUUUUAUGUUCUUCAUGUUCUGACACAUGUCAGAUCUGGUAGCUUGCUGUCUGUGGUGCUUAGCCUGUGGCUCUUUUCUUUUUUUUGGUUGGGGUGGGUGAACGUUUCUGUGCCGAAUGCUGAUUCUGAGUUUUUUUCUUUUGUUGUCAUUAUUUCUUGUUCCUCGCCCAGUUUAAAUGCUGUUAUUG